AUGUCCUGCGACAAUCAAGCUGGGAAAGCAUUGACUACUUCAAGCAGCCUGCCAGUUACCAUUGACACUGCUCCAAGCACCCUUCCCACCCCCCUUUCCCAUCAUGUACCCAUUGAGACUCCAGCUACUACCAUUGCUGUUGAGACCGAUGACAAGGAGAACAUCUUAUUUACUCCACCACUUCAAGCUUCCUUACUUGAAAAAGCACUCCUCGUGAUCUUUGAGUACACCGACUAUCAAACUAAGUCUAGCCAAGCAAAGGCUAUGGAGACUGAGACAGACAAUGACUGCGAUUGUUCCUUUGAGCCUAACAAAUGGAAAAAACCUCUUGAGCUUAACCAAGAACCGGUCAAAGUCUUCAGUCCCUCAAUUGAACCCCCAGCUGCUUCUUCAGUUGUUGAAACCCCUAACGACAUGUUUCAGGAAGUAGAAGAAGUCCCACUUCAGCCUACUAGUCCCCCUCUUCUGCUCUCUGAGUAUCUCCCCACUGCUGAACUGAACAGUAAUGGUCUGGAGCGGAUCAUUAGUGGUGAUCUGUACCGAUCGGACGCUUGUAUCAGCCCAGGUUUGAGUGGUUACUCCAGUGGUAGUGAGGCUUAUUAUCAUGACAAGAUUCCAAGAGACUUCCUUAGAAUGUACCAACAUCCCAAGCAGAUACGGAAACGUACUCGGGCACCUGGUAAUACUAAGUGA